AUGAAAGCAGGGGCUGUGGGCGACCGAGUAGGCGUUGGAGGAUGCAGCUGCGACCGAGGAGGUGUGGGAGGAUGCAGCUGCGACCGAGGAGGUGAGGACGCAGCGGGCGACAAGGACGCGUGGGAGGACGCAGCGGGCGACAAGGACGCGUGGGAGGACGCAGCGGGCGACAAGGACGCGUGGGAGGAUGCAGCGGGCGACAAGGAGGCGUGGGAGGAUGCAGCGGGCGACAAGGACGCGUGGGAGGAUGCAGCGGGCGACAAGGACGCGUGGGAGGACGCAGCGGGCGACAAGGACGCGUGGGAGGAUGCAGCGGGCGACAAGGACGCGUGGGAGGAUGCAGCGGGCGACAAGGAGGCGCGGGAGGAUGCAGCGGGCGACAAGGAGGCGUGGGAGGACGCAGCGGGCGACAAGGACGCGUGGGAGGAUGCAGCGGGCGACAAGGACGCGUGGGAGGAAGCAGCGGGCGACAAGGACGCGUGGGAGGACGCAGCGGGCGACAAGGACGCGUGGGAGGACGCAGCGGGCGACAAGGACGCGUGGGAGGACGCAGCGGGCGACAAGGAGGCGUGGGAGGAUGCAGCGGGCGACAAGGAGGCGUGGGAGGAUGCAGCGGGCGACAAGGACGCGUGGGAGGAUGCAGCGGGCUACAAGGACGCGUAG